UUGUGUGUACGCGAUCGCGAUUUUAAUUACCAAAAAAAAAUCUACUUUUUUAAAUGUGGUCGUUCUAAUUUUUUUAUUUGAUUUAAUAAUUCGUGAAUAUGCAAGCCGCGGACAAAGAAAGUAAAAUUUUAACCUCAGAAAGGUCAAGUUGGGAUAAACCAGUGGAAUUUGUUCUAUCUUGUUUGGGAUAUGCCGUCGGUCUUGGAAAUGUAUGGAGGUUUCCAUAUUUGUGCUACAGAAAUGGAGGAGGUGCAUUCUUGGUAACCUACUUUAUCAUGCUGUUUUUGAUGGGCAUGCCUAUAUUUCUACUGGAACUGGUAAUAGGACAAUAUUCAGGAUUGGGUCCUGAACAGGCUUUUACAAAAUUAGCUCCAAUUCUUAGUGGAUUAGGGUAUUGUUCCUUGGUAGUCAUAACAUUGGUUACUGUUUACUAUAUGGUGAUUAUAGCAUGGACAGUGUUUUACUUUUUUGCUUCAUUUACAUCAGAGCUGGGAUAUGGAUCUUGUCACAAUGAUUUUAACACUAUUGUGUUCUCUGGUCUGGUGAGUUGUUUUAGCGCAACAGAAGACGACAAAUGCAAACCAAUGGAACUGUACUACAACAAAACCUGCAUGCUUGUUGAUGUCUUAUGUAAAAGCAAACAUUACGAAGGUGCUUUAAACAAAACCUUCUGCUAUGCCACAGACGAGUCAGCUGUUCCCGUCUAUAAAGUAGUUAAUCGAACACUCGCAACCGCCGAGUAUUUUAGAGACUACGUUCUCGGCGUAAGGGACGCGGAUUGGUACAACUUUGGCUCGAUCAGUUGGGCGCUGUUCGGUUGUCUGCUGUUAUCCUGGAUAAUAGGAUAUUUGUGCGUCAUCAGGGGCGUGAAAACCUCAGGAAAAGCCGCUUACUUUACGGCCUUAUUCCCGUACGUAAUUCUUACUGCCCUCGUUGUACAAGGAUGUAUACUGGAAGGUGCAGUCGAUGGAAUUCUCGUUUAUAUAACGCCCAAGUGGGGGAUGCUAUUAGAUGUGGACGUAUGGGCGCAAGCGGCAUCGCAAACGUUUUACUCCUUUGGUAUCAGUUGCGGGUCCUUAAUUACUCUAGCUUCAUACAACACUUUUAAUAACAACUGUUUAAAGGACGCUAUAAUUGUCACAGCAGCAAAUGCAUUUACUUCGAUAUAUGCCGGUUUUGCCAUUUUUGGGAUGCUAGGUUUCUUAGCCAAACAAAUGGGCGUUCCUGUCGAUGCAGUAGCCCAGGAUGGUCCUGGUUUAGCAUUUGUUAUAUAUCCCGAAGCUAUUCUACGUCUACCAGCCCCUAUAUUUUGGUCGAUAGCGUUCUUUUUCAUGUUGUUCAUUCUUGGCUUGGGCAGUCAGUUUGCCGGAGUGGAAGCUGUUAGUUGCCUGAUUAUGGACAAAUGGCCAAAAACAAGGCAUUAUCAGGCAUAUUUAACGCUUGGAAUUUGCUUGGGUUGUUUUCUUCUUGCAAUUCCCAUGUGUUUUGGGGGUGGUGUAUAUAUUUUUACCCUCCUAGAGUGGAAUACUGCCUCCUGGGCUAUUCUUCUAAUUGGUUUUACCGAAGUUGUUGCUGUUUCUUGGUGUUAUGGUUGUCAUAGAUUUAUGGACAAUAUGGCUUCCAUGGAUAUGACAAUGGGAAAAGUUGCGAAAUGGUAUUGGUGGGCUUGUUGGGCAGUUAUUACACCAUUUACAUUAUUGGGCGUUUUCGCAUUUCAAAUGUCCAACUUUUCUCGGACAUCUUACGAAGGAUAUGAUUUCCCUAUUUGGGCUGAUAUGCUUGGAUGGAUGAUUGGUAUUUCAACUUUGGCACCACUAUUUAUUUUUGGUGGUAUUUCACUAUGGCAUGGAAAAUAUUCUGGCUGGAAAUGGUUUCAACCUACAUCAGAAUGGAAACCUCAAAAUGGCAAAACAGAAAGUCGACUUACACUCGACAAUAAUCAACUGAUCGAAUCUAUUCAUAUAUAAGCUCAUCGGAUAAAUCGAGUUCUAAAUUAUGAAUUCUCUUUAUAUAUUUCUACUUUUAAGAACACUUAUUUUUAAUUAAUAUUAUAAUU